AUGUUGCAGAAAGCUGAAAAGUUGCCAUCUAUCGAGAAAGAUAAAGUUGUUGAUGAUGGAGAGUCUUCUGAUGAUGGUGGAUAUGAAACUGAUGAGGAGUGGCACACAUUUGCAAUGUCAGAUACGCAGUUAAUCCUUCCAAAUCUAACACAACCACCGCUGGUGGAAGUGGCUGCUCCACCAAGGAACGUUACGCGUUCGAGGUCAGCUGGUAUAACUAUUAGGGAGCCAACAGAUACGAUUCGGUUGGCUAGUCCAACAUGUCAUUUUAGGGAUAAGGGGAAAGUGUGUUAUGGAACCUAA